AUGAAAGCUAAAGUCCCAAAGGACUUCAAAGCUCCUGACAUGACCCCAAACGAUGGUACAUCUGAUCCAAGCCAUCAUCUCAGCAAUUUCAGAAGCAAGAUGCAUCUCACAGAUGCCUCGGAUGCCAUUCGAUGCAAAGCUUUUCUAAUUACUCUAACCAAGACGGCAAUAAAGUGGUUCGACAGUUUGCCGCCAAGGUCAAUAGCAAGCUUCGACGACCUCGCCAAGAAAUUCCUCUCUAGAUUCACCAUCCAGAAAGACAAAGCCAAGCAUGCCCCUAGCCUGUUAGGGAUUAAGCAAGGAGAUCGGAGAAGCCUCCGUAACUACAUGGAAAGAUUCAACAAGGAAUGUUUGGACAUACAAAAUCUGCCAACAGAAGCAGCUAUCAUGGGGCUCAUCAACGGCCUAAGAGAAGGACCUUUUAGCCACUCAAUAUCUAAGAAGCACUCAACAUUUCUAAACGAGGUGCAAGAGCGGGCAGAAAAGUACAUUAAUAUGGAAGAGAACUCUUGA